AUGUGGCGUCCGGGUGUGGCUGCCCGGGUGGCAGCGCGUCGGGCUUGGCUGGCCCGUCAUCGGCAGACUGUUGACACACUGGCGCAGCCUCUACGUCAGGCUCGCCCUCGAUACCAUCGCCAUCAGUCCACUGUGGCCGAGGCACUCAGGGACGAGGAUUUUGUUUCCGCCAUCCGCCAACGCGCCGCUUCGUUGACAGCGGCUCGGCCCGUGCCCGUGGCACGCCUGCAAGAGCUCUAUGCACGCCUCUCGGUGAUUGAUAUGAACCUCGCGCUCGAUUUGCGCCACGAACUUGAAAGUCUGAAAGUAUCCGUACCGGAUGAACUGCACCUGCUUGCUGCCGCCAACAUCGUGUCCAACCAGCCCGAUGCUGACCGCCUGCCGGCCCUGGAACGCUAUCUGGAGCACCUCAACGCCGACACUCGCGAGCGCAUGGUUCGCCUGGCCGCUGAGCUCCUCCUCUCCAAUUCAAACACCACCCCGUCCCACAUUUCAUCGACCACGGCCGCCCAGUUUGUGUUCUUGCGCCAGAAAGCUCCCGCUCUUACACCAGACGCACUUCACGGCGUUCAGCCCUCACGCCGCAGCCGCCAGCUCUUUGAACUGGCCGGAUCCAAGGGCACAGCCAUUUCAGACAGCCAGCAACCCUCGAUUGUCCUCCAGGCCUCAGCCCUUGUGCACCUGGUACCCGUCUUCUGCCGGCAUCUUUUACGUGCAAUUAAGGCCCCCGAGGCUGCGACUGACGUGCGCUGGCGGCCCCUUUUUGGUCUCUUGCUUCGGGCACUGCCCUACAGCAGUCCAGAACACGCCUUUCCCCUCAUCGCGGAAAUGCUGCGCGCUGCCGUGCAGCAUGACAUCCUACUCAUGACCCUGGCGCCCCGCGAGCUCUUUGACAUGCCCGGUGUCCGCUCUGACUUUCGCGCUGAUGCGCGAUGGAUGGCCACGGUUGCCCAUUCCCUCCAUUUGUGCGAUGCCAAUUUUGCCGCCCCAGACGUUGAUGCUGCCAUUGCAGCAGCGGCCCAUGCGUGCCGUUGCGAAACCGAUGCCGCCCUGCUCCGCCCAGCCGUCAACAUGCUCUUGCCUGUAGGCCCAGAGAUUGUGGAGUACAUCGAGCGUCUUCAACUGGCUGCCGUGGCUGCAGGCAGCGAUGGUAAGCCCGUCGAUUACCUGGUGCAGGUAGCUGCGCUUCUGCUCAAUGCCGUGGCACACCGCAACGACUACGGUGGCGUCAUGCACCUCCUCCAGCUCUUGCAACGCCAGCCAGCCGAUCGUGUGCAGGAGGCGCUCUGGCCCGAAACGCAUCAACAUGUGCUUCGUUGUGUCGCCGAGCACUCUCCCACGGAAGCCUUCAAUUUGGCCAUUGGAAUUCUAGCCACUUCCGAUGCCAGCGCAUUAGAUAGCCUCGUGGCGCGUUUGGUGGAUGCACAGCAACCCGGGCUCGUGGGAAGUCUGCUGAAAAGCCUUGAGCAGCGAAAAAUCAAGCUCAAUGCCCAGCGACGAAAUGCCUGGUACUGCGCGGCGCUGGAGCACCUGCCAAGCGCGCAAGCACGCACCCAACUCAUGGAAGAGUUUGUCUCCAAGCUGGAGGCUGGUACCAUUGCGCCCGCAACGGUGACCAAGAUCGACGCAGCGCUUCAGCGCCACCUCGAUCCGGAGAAACAAAACCUGCGCGGGGUUGGCGCGAUACUCGAGCCGCUCAACCAGGUGCUGACGGCCGCCAGUUGCCAUGCUGUGGCUGAGACAGCACUGCCUGUGGUCAAGCAAGCGAUGACCAUUGCGCGCAAGACGCUAUCGGAUGCCCUCACCUUUGAUCGUCAAGAUCAGCUGGCUGUUACACGCGCUCUGACCAGCUUGCUCUUGAGCGUGGCGCGUCACGACAACACCUCAGUCAAGACCUCCAGUGCAACUGAGGCCAGCGCUCCCGCUGCUGACCAUGGGCGCCUAGCCGCGCCGAUGCAUGCCUACUUGAAUCUCAGCUCGCGUUUCCCGGAGAAGGCUACGGGAACAGAUGUGCGCCACCGAGCCAUCGCCGGUGUUCUUUUGCAACUCGCCACCGAGGGAGAUGACUCUACCGCAUUGCUGGACGAGGUGGUGCUCACUUUGCCUCAUUUGGACGUGACCUAUCGCGCUGUUGCGAAUGCGAUUGCGGAUGAACUGCGCGAGAAGGACGGCGCCACGCGUGGCGUCACGGCCUACCGUUUGCAUGACGCUUUCAUGCGUCACAAGAUCCGCUUCCCGGCGCCUGUGCACAUGCGCUUCUUGAGCAUGGUGGCGGACAGCCAUGACAUUGCCAUGGUGGUAGAUGCCUUUACGCGCAUGUCCGAGCAAGGGAUCACUCCUCCUCGCGACUCGUACAGCAUUCUGACUGAGUCGUUUGCGCAGAGCGGCAACUUCACUGCCGCCCUCAAGGUGCUGGACCAAAUGCGCGCUGCCAACAGCAAGCCCAACUUGAAGAUCUACCACUGCAUCAUUCGCGCGGUCAGCAAUCGCCGACAGUUGGAUAGGGUGCAGCGCGUGUUGCGCGAGAUGGAGUCGGAUAAGCUCGAGCCCGACCUGGUCACGCACACCCUGCUGGCCCGUAAGCACUUGAAGUUUGGUCAACCAGACAAGGCAGCCAACAUCAUCCACAAUGCGAUUCAGCGCGGCCAGACCCUAUCCCCUCAGGCAGCCGAUGUCUGGAUGGCGGCCAUUGCUGCCAGCAGCGAAGACAUGGAACGUCAGAUGCGCGACAUCAUCGCCUAUGUCAAGGAGCAUCGAGUGGCCGUCGGCCUCGACUUUUACACGGGUGCUCUGCGUGCCUGCCACAACAUGGUGGAGGCCUUAUAUCGCGAGGCGCGCCAGAACCACUCAGCCCCCGUGUGGGCUGACGUAGAAAAGCAGGCUUCGAGCAUUGUACAGCUGGGUCUGGACACGUAUCAUGACACAUUUACAGACAAGCUUAUGCAGCCCAAUUUGAGAGUGUGCAAUCAGGCCUUGGCCUUGUGUGCGGCCAAGGGUGAUUUGGACAGUGCACAGAGGGUGCUGCACGAGAUUCGAGCACUUCAGCUCAAGCCGGACGAGGACACGUAUUUGCACCUCAUCGAAGCCUGUGGUCAAGCAGAAAACUUUUCGGCCAUGCAGCAAGCUUUUGAUGAGUACCUGGAAGCCAUUGAGCCGGCAAAUCUGAAGGUUUUUACGCGCAUGAUCUUCCACUAUGGCCGCCGCCGUGAGAUUGAUCGUGCCAUGGUGGUGUAUGAUCGCAUGCUGGAGGCAGGCCUCGUACCCGACCCUGAGUUGAAUGACAUUUUGGUUGAGGUGUGUCGGAUCGACAAGACAGAGGUCUUGCUUGCUGCGGCGAGACACCACGAGCAGCAGCAACAACAGCAGCAGCAGCAGCGCAAAGGACGGCCCCGACGCUAA